CCCCCAGUAGAUGGAGGUUGUGUUGGUGGAAGUCAGCAUAGCAACAGCAGCAGCAGCAGCUGGGCCUCUCUAAUUCCAGAUCUAGCAGGAUUUGAGGAGAUUGAAGAGGAAGAAGAAGUGCAAGAAGAUAUAGCUAUGGCACUAGGAGAGGAACUCAUAACAUAUGUUGGCAUUAGAGAACGAAUGAUUGCAAGUAAAGUUUGUCGUCUUUCUGGGCUAGUACAGCAGUUUUGUGGAGUGUCACACUGUCUCAUUCACUCACUGCUGUCGGGACGUCCUGUUGUCCUUGCUGCAGCUGACCAGUAUCGCUCUUUGGUAAUGCUGUAUGUACGGGCACUAUCUACUUUACUUCCACGCUCACCACGGCAAAAACUGCCCAUGUUAAGGUGGCACACUGGCACCAUAACAAGUUUUCAUAUUCAGCAUUACCGUGUGGUAGGGCUGUGUAUCCCAGAGAGACUUCAUGUUCAGGAUCUCAUGUCUAAUUCUACACUGAAUCAAGUCACAGUUCUGAAUAUUGAAACUGGCCACAUAUCAGGGGUAGCGUACAGUGGAACUCUGGUACGAGGAGUGGAACAGUAUGGCCGCAGACUGUUUCACUCCAACUCAGCACUUCAAGCAGCUUUACAAGCAAUUCUGGUUACUUUAGGCUUAAAGUAUAUUUGUUAUACCAUCUUCUUGAGACUACUGAUCGUAGUGCCAAUGACAUACUGAAGGGAAUAGGAAUAGCCAAAGGGGACUGGGACAUUAUAAAAUAUUUGACUAGCUUAAUACAGGCACAGCUGAAAAAUGCAUAAAGUUAACCUGAUGGCAAAUUAGUACUUAAUUUAGUAUGAUAAAAUUAUAUAGCAGUGAAUGAAGAAUACUUCCAUUACCAUGUUAAAGUAUUUCAGGAAUUAAUGUGAUGACAAUUUUUUUACACAAAUAUAAUUGUAUAUACACUUAUGCGUGUUCAUUGUUUAUUGGUUUUAUAUUUGAUAAAGUUAAUUGUUAAACAAAUUUGUGUAUGACAGAUUUUUCAUGCAGUUUUUUUGUGACCAUUAAUAAUCAUAGUUAGUGAAUUUAUUUAUAAAAAAAAAAAAAAUGUUAUUGAAUAUUCAGUCUUGUAUUUCAUAUAGCGCUGGUAUUGUUAUAGCCAAAGUUGAAAUGUGAUAAUCCUCUAGAUAUUUCAGUAUUUUUUAAGUAGAACAUACCAUCAUUCCAAAAUGUUAUGCAUCUUCUUGUAUAUAUUAAUUUAUAUUGUCUGAAUGUAUGUAUGUAUUGUUUCUAAAUAACACUUCCAGUUUGGUAAAUUGGUUUUCUGUUUCAUGCUUGAAAGGAUAUGGAAUCAAAAUUGUAUAGAAAUAUUAUCACUGAAUUUUUCUUACUAUUUUUGAGUUAGAUGUGCUUUUUUCUUUCUUCUUAUCCCAUUUGAGACAAUAUUGGAAUCUAGUGGCUUACUUCACACAAUUUUCAUCAUCUCUUGAAUAACUCCUUGCUAGAAGUUGACACCACUUUCAGGGCAGUGCCUACCUCUAAAUAAAACCUGAUGUAUGUCUGAUACCUCUGUAAUUUCUAGAAAUAGUUUAGAGCUAUUUGACUCUAAGCAUGUGUUGGGUAUAAAGGACAAAGCAGUCUUUUAUUGUUGAAAGAAAGAUUGUUGAAGUUAGGUCUUAUGUAGCAUCAUUAUGUAGAAGAAUUGCCCUUGAUGACUCCAUUCUUAAUUCAAAAUAAAAUGAGGGAAAGCUUGUAGUGAAACUUCAUAUAAUUAAUGGUCACAGCUCUCUUAUCCAAAUAUAACAUAUCAGAGUUU